AUGUCCUGUCCGAUGCUUCGAUCAUUGUGUAGAAGUACACUGAAAAGUGUGCUACUUAAAACCCAUCACUGUAAACAGUUUGUCAAGUUGAGGUCAUCGUUGGGAAGUGCCAGAUUUGUAACAACAGAUGAAUCUGACAAGCCUGAUGUUCAGAAAAGGAUACCAAGAGCAGGCCACUUUAGAUCAGCGUGGGAUGUUAUGAAAGAGGAGUUUGAAGGAAUGAAGACAAUGAAGCCGCCAGGGACUGUGGUUCCAAGGGAGACUGAUGUUCUUAUCAUUGGCGGGGGGGUCGUUGGAUCCUCUGUUGCUUAUUGGCUAAAACAUGAGGAUCCAGCCGGCUCAAAUGUUACUGUUAUUGAGAGGGAUCCUGUGUACACAAGAGCUUCAAGUAUGCUAUCUUGGGAAGGAAUCAACUUUAGAUCUUCCAUACCAGAAAAUGUCCAGCUGUCUUUGUACACCUCAGAUUUCCUGCGGGACAUCAAGCAGCACCUGAAUGUCCUUCAUGAAGCUUCUCCAGAUGUGCAGUUUAAUCACCAGGGUUAUCUGCUCCUUGCAGAGGAGAAAGAUGCAGAACGCCUGGCGGAGGAUGUAGUCAUGCAGCAGGAUCUUGGAGCUCGGGUUGUCCUUCUAACCAAGAGGCAGUUAACGGAGAGGUAUCCUUGGAUGGACUUUGAGGGAAUUGAAUGUGGUUCUUUGGGUCUAGAAGGUGAGGGCUGGCUGGACCCGUGGUCAUAUCUUCGAGCACUGAAACAAAAGAACAUCAGUUUAGGGGUGAAGUACGUGCACGGAGAACUCACUGGCUUUGAGCUGGUGGAGAUAGAGACUGAUGGGCCUGUCAAGUUCAAAUUAGAUGCUGGAGUUACACGAACACCAGAUGGCAGGGAGCAUGAAACAAAGUUUUGUUUGGCCAUCAACUGUGCUGGCCCUUGGGCAGCGGAUGUCGCAGAAAUGGCCAGGGUUGGGACCGGAGAGGGAGAUUUAGCUGUACCUCUGCCUGUGGAGCCAAGAAAGCGAUAUGCUUUUGUCAACCAUUUGCCUAGUGGGCCCAAGCUGGAUUGCCCCCUUGUGAAGGAUCCUUCUGGUUUGUUUUUCCACAGAGAAGGAUUUGGUGGGCACUAUGUUUGUGGCCUUGACCCAGUUUCCGAGGUUGAUGAACCUGUGAUUGCCAAUUUUGAAGUGGACUUUGGUUUCUAUGAUGAAAAAGUGCUGCCAAAACUGACCAAGAGGGUGCCAGAAUUUAGCAAGUCAAACCUAAAAACUGCCUGGGCAGGUUACAAAGACCACAACAUCGUAGACCAGAGCCCAGUGAUUGGACCUCAUCCUUAUCUAAGAAAUUUCUUAUUCGCUAAUGGCUUGGAGGGCCAGGGACUGCAGUACUCAGCAGGAAUUGGCCGGGCACUCAUGGAGUAUAUUUUGGACAAUGGGUAUAAAGUGGCCAAGUUGGACAGGUUUCAUUUUGACAGAUUUUUGGUAGACGAUCCUGAACAAGAGCAGUUGACUGGUUGA